CAGGAAGUGUUGUCCAUUAAAAAGUGCCAUGAUCUUUGCUGAAUUUGUUUUAUAAUAAUUUUGUUUGCGGAGGAUUAUUUUGGAAUACGAUGAGCUGAUAAUGGUCAGAUUUUGAACUUACAAAUACACUUACUUUCAAUUGUGCAGUUUUGAUUUAUUCUCAUAGAAAUAACGACUUUGUGGACGUUAAUUUCGAACGAUCUACCAUUCUUUGAAGGUUAUACAAUGUUAUCACAGAUCAAGGCAAAAUGUCGGUUGAAAACAUAAAGCAGGCGUAAACAAAUCAAGACAUGGCGACAGGUGAUAGCAAUCAGACAUUGGCGCAUAGAAUAUUUGACGAUGAGGCCGACAUAGACAACAAAGCAACAGAGCGCGGACGCGGGAGAGGUAGCUAUAGACCGAACAGACGACCCAGAGGUCGAGCGCUUAGCAGCGAUAUAUCGGGUAUUGCAGAGAACAGAGCUCAAAGUAAAGAUAGGUCUGACUUAAUAACAGAAGGUGGGCGAUAUGGUCACCGUGGACAACGGCGAGGUAGAGGUACAUUCCGUGGGCAACGCCAUCAGUCUAUUUUGAAUGAGUCAGGAGUAUUCUAUCAAAAAAAUCAGAGUUGUGAUGACCAACAAGAACAACAACAAUCAAUGCCUAAAGCGCCAAGGGAACAAAGAGAAAUGCGGUUUGGUAAGCUGAAAGACCUUAUCAAGGACGGGAAUCCUAAUGAAGUGUUCUUGGAGUUAAGUCAGUCUAGAAGCGGUUUUAUCGAGUUGAUAGAAAAAUCUUUCGAUUUUAAGGAUAAUGCUCUGUACAUACUUAAAGCACUCGUUCUUGCAACAAAGUCAGAUAUUGAAUCAAAUUUAAGAGAAUUUUUAGACAGGCUUCAUCCCGUCUUAAUUCCAAAGAUAUUGCACCUUUUGAGCAAGUUACAAAUGAAAGAUAGAAGUGCACAUUGUAUAUGCAGUAAUCUAACACAGAUGGGGUUAUUUCUUAGUGACAUUUCAGAAUUCCUUCAGGCACUUAUGUCGACCAUCCCUUCCACACUACCAGGUUGCAAUACUAUAAUUAUAGUUUUAAAACAAUUUCCGAGUUUAUUUUCUGGUUUGAAGUUUGACACUGAAAGCCUGGAAGCCGUGUUUGGUCUAGUUAAAACAGAACAUGAAAGACGUACUGACACUGACCUAGCAAAGAAAAAACCUGUAUACAAGACUGGCGAACACGAUAUGACCCCACCAAAUAAUUUUCGAGAAAUAAGCAUUUUCCCUACACUUGAUGAUAUACAUAUCAAUGAGUUACCAUUUCUAAGAGCGAAUAAGACAAAAGGCAGGUAUGAUUCUUUAGAUACUUAUUUAGAUACUCAGUUCCGUUUGUUGCGGGAAGAUUAUGUUCAGCCCCUACGACAGGGUAUUCACGAGUACAGAAGUUGUAUUAAGGAUGGUCUGAGUGUAAAUCGCUUGCGCAAUGUUCGGAUAUAUCAGAACGUACAGAUAAUGCAGCCUGUUUGUUCUGGAAAAGGAAUCAACCAUGUUCUCCAGUUUGAUACUUCACAUCUUAAGAUAGUAAACUGGGAAUCAUCAAGGCGACUUCUUUUUGGUUCACUGGUUUGUUUGUCUGUUGACAACUUUGACACAAUUCAUUAUGCAACAAUUACUGAGAGGGAUGCCAAUGAAUUGAAAGACGGUACUAUUGAAGUGCAUUUUGAAAACGUUGGAGAUGGUGUGCUUGACCUUUCAGGAAAUGCGUCAUUUGUGAUGGCCGAAACAACCGCCUACUUCGAAGCAUACAGGUACAUUCUUGAAGGCUUAACGGAACUGAAGGACACAAUGCCAAUGAUGAGAUACAUUAUUGAAUGUGAAACUGUCAUUAAACCCCCAUCUUAUUUACUUGGCCAUGGUGGACCUGAAUAUGAUUUCCAAACACUUCUGAAAGAUAAAAUCAAAGGCAUACUAUAUCCUGUGUUAAACACACAACGAUGGCCUACCUGCUCUGACUUGGGUCUAGAUUGUUCACAAUACCACGCCCUUCAAACAGCUAUUACAAAAGAAUUCGCUAUUAUUCAAGGGCCUCCAGGAACAGGGAAAACAUUUGUUGGGAUAAAAGUAGCUGAGCUGCUGUUGAAAAACAGUACGUUUUGGAAGACUGGCGAAGAGAAAAGCCCAAUAUUGGUUGUAUGUUAUACAAAUCAUGCACUUGAUCAAUUUCUUGAAGGAAUUUCUAAUGUAUGUAAUCGGGAAGGGAUCAUUCGAAUCGGUGGAAGAUGUAAAAACGAGAAGCUUGUACCAUUUAUGCUUCGAAAUGUAAAGGCUAAAAGGCGUGAGCUACAAGCUCAGUCGUUCAAACUUAUGCAAAAUGAAAAAGACUGCAGAGCUCGACUGAGAGAUAGUGAAAGAAAAAUCGAAGAAAUAAGUGCUAAGAUAAAAAGGACCACUUCGCAUAUUGUAUCAUUAAAAACACUUGAACCAUAUAUGAAUGAAAAUCACGCAAAGGAAUUUGAUUUAAUGAUUCAAAUGAAUCAAACUGAUGAAAAAAACUGUUUUCAGACAUGGCUAGCUUUCCAACCAUUCGCAAACCAUAAAUCUAUAAACGUGGAUGCCCAAACACAUAUCAAGCAAACAUGGACACAGUUCAUUUUACAUGAAGUACAGCCCAUUCCAAUAGCAGAACUGAAUGAAAUAGAUAACAUAUUCAACAAAGAUCUUUAUAGAAAAGCAGAAAUAUACAAAACAUUGCAUGUUGAAUGCACGGGAAAUGUGAAAGGACCUCUUGCCAAAUUAAUGAAUACUCGAUUACUUUCGUUUGAAGAGCUCAAAAGAGGCAUUUUGGAUCCAGUUACAAAAAUAAAGCUUAAUGCAUUAACUGCAAAGAUUGAAGCUCCUAAGCAUAGUAUAGUGGACAAGUGGUUGUGUACCAAUGAAGUCAAUAAAAUAAAAGAGGCUCUAGAUCAUUUUCAUGGACAUUCUAAACGCAGUGGAGACAUUGAUGGAAAAAGUGAAACCGAUGACGACGAGUUGAAAGAAGAGAGAGUGCUAGAUGAUAUGGAUGACGACUUUAUGUUUGAUUAUAAAAGAGAUCACCAAUCUAUAGCAGACAAAAAUUGGAAAAAAUUGGAAAAAAAAUUGUCUGAUGAAGAAUGGAUUACCGUAUUUGGACAUAAAAAAAAUGCACAAAGAGUAAAAACUAUGCUAAACAAGGCGAGACCUAUGACUGAGGAAACUGUAUGCAGGCUAAAAAGUAUUCGAGCUUUGGAUAAAGAUAAACGAUUAGAUCUUUACGCUUACUGGUUGCAGAAACGCAGAACAGCUCUGAAACAAGCUGUAAAAGUACACGAAGAUCAGUUUAGAAUAUCAACGGAAAGUUUGCAAGAAGUUCGUGAUUUAGAAACAGUACACAUUUUGAAAGAGUCAGUCGUUAUGGGAAUGACAACAACAGGCGCGGCAAAAUACAGGAAAGUUUUGCAAAGAGUCAAACCCCAAAUAAUCAUAGUUGAAGAAGCCGCAGAGGUUCUUGAAUCGCACAUCAUAACUACAUUGAACACCAAUUGCAAACAUUUAAUACUUAUUGGAGACCACAAGCAACUACGGCCAUCAACAACUGUGUAUGAACUUGCAAAAAAAUACGAAAUGGACAUAUCAUUAUUUGAGAGAAUGGUCAGAAAUGAUGUUCCAUGUGUAACUCUUGAGGAACAGCAUCGUAUGCGUCCAGAGAUAUCCAGACUACUGCGUCGCGAAAGACUUUACCCAAAAUUACGAGACCACGAGUCUGUCUUUAGAUACGAUCAGGUCAGAGGAGUUGAUUUUAAUAUGCAGUUUAUAAGUCACGAAGAAGAAGAAUCUUGUUCUGGUGAUUCCACAAGUUACUCCAACCCUCAUGAAGCCAAAUACUUGGCUGCCUUGUGUAAAUAUUUUCUGAAUCAGGGAUACACAAAGGAUCAGAUAACUGUUCUUACUCCAUAUAUGGGACAAGUGAUGCUUCUACGCAAUGAAAUGCCAAAAUCAAUUUUUGAAGGUGUAAGAAUAACAGCUAUUGAUAAUUUCCAGGGAGAGGAAAAUGACAUAAUUCUGCUGUCUUUAGUACGAAGCAGUAUGGAAGGCCAUUCGCGAAAACGAAAUCCAAUCGGCUUUGUAGGAAUUGAAAACAGGAUAUGUGUGGCGCUUUCAAGGGCUAAACAAGGUAUGUUUGUCAUUGGAAAUUUCAAGCUACUUGAAAGAAGCAGUCAGUUAUGGGAGGAAAUUAUUGCAGAAUUGAAAGAAAGCGAUUCUAUUAAAACUCAUUUACUUCUUCGGUGUGGAAAUCAUCCAAAAAUGUGCACUGCAGCUUCUAGCGCACAAGAUUUUACAUGUGUUCCUGAUGGUGGUUGCAACAAACCUUGCGGCAUGCAAUUGCCUUGUGGGCAUAUCUGUCCAAGAGCUUGCCAUGUUUGUGACAUCACUCACACGUUUGUUACAUGUUACAAGCCAUGUGAAAAAAUUAACUCGAACUGCACCAUGGGACAUAAGUGCACCAAAAAAUGUUUUCAGGAGUGUGGAAGCUGUUUUGUUAAGAUUGAGAAAGUGAUUCCCAUGUGUCGUCAUGUGGCGAAUCUUCCAUGUCACAUGGACCCAUUUGAAUGGAGAUGCCAGGAAGUCUGUCAAUUUAUUUUGCCAUGCGAGCAUUCUUGUGAUCAAAAAUGUUUUAAGUGUCAAUCCGAAGCGCACAAUCAGAAAUGUGGAAAAUUAGUGACCCGUGAAUUAUUAUGUGGUCACGAAAUGGUUAUGCAGUGUCAUUUAAAAACGCACAAUCAGAAAUGUGAACAAUUAGUGACGCGCAAAUUAUUAUGUGGUCACGAAAUUGUAAUGCAGUGUUACAUGGAUGUCGCGAGUGUUAUAUGCGUAGUUAAUUGCAAUGCAAUUCAUGAAUGUGGACAUCCUUGUUCAGGAAAAUGCGGGACAUGUUUUGAUGGCAAAAUACACAAGAAGUGCAAAGGUACUUGUGGAAAGACGCUCCCAUGUGGUCAUAAAUGUACAUUUCCAUGCAGUGAAGAACAAUGUCCACCUUGUUCGCAAAAAUGCAAAAGAACUUGCAGUCAUAAUAUUAAGUGCAAGAAGAAGUGUUCCGAGCCAUGCAAUUCAUGCGAAAACAAGUGCUGUUACCAGUGUAAACAUGGGAAGUGUGAAAAUAUUUGUCGCGAUGAAUGCUCCGUUAUGCCAUGCAAUGAGAAAUGUGGAAAAGAGUUGGAAUGUACACAUAUAUGCAGAGGACUUUGUGGUGAAAAAUGCCUCUGCAUUAUAUGCAACAAGCACUUAAUUAGAAAUGAGUCUGAAAACGAAUUUACAGAGGAAACUGUUUUUCUUCAACUACCAGAUUGUAAGUGCGUAUUUGAGGUAGGGCAUUUGGAUAGGAGUAUAGAAACACAGGCAAACUCUGAAAGGAAAGAUUUUGCUCUACAUUGCCCUUUUACUUUGUGUCGAAAGCUUUUAGAGACGGACGUCAGACGUUAUUCAACAAGACUUAAACGUGUUAAGCAAGAUAUAAUUAAAGCAAACACGCAACUGCAAGCAUCAGAUGUAAGAUUAAUAGCAAGGAAUGUUGUUAGUCAACUUAAUAACAUAAAACAUGUUGGAUUUAUAACCGAACAGCAAUAUACACAAUUAAAUCGACAAAUAGUAAAAGGCAACAAAAGUGCAUUGUCUAUCUUGGGCAAAAGACUAGACAAGCUACAAUAUUUAUAUAAAGUUGUUCAAUUAAUUGGGACCGCUAAAUCUAGUGGUUUAAUUGAAAGUAUUCAUGUUGACGGUGUGUUAAAUGAAGAUUAUAUUAAGCAAGCGAUAUUGGCUGAAAAAUUGAAUACGACAAAACAGUUCUGGACAGAAAUAUCAAGGGAAAUAAACAGACUGCAAAUCUGUUUGAAGUUUUGUCUUCUUAAGAAACACUUAAAUAGUAAAGGGAACAGCGCCGUAGACCAAGCCCUGGAUCUUAGCUUUAGAGCUAUACGUUCACCUGGAUUUGACAGCGACCUAUUUACUGAAUUGAUGUCAGUUUCAAGUACACUGCAUGCGAGCAUUUCUGCUCUUAACAUUUCGGAUCUGGACAUAAACGUGGCGUCUUUUAAACUCAAGUCAAAAUUGGAACUUUGUGAGUUGCAAGUAUCUUUAAAAAUGAAACAAAUAGGGUCAUCCACUGAAGAAAAAAGAACAGUUGCAAUCUUCAAUAGAAAAGUGUCAUCGCCUGAAGAUAAUAGAGCAGUUACAAUCUACAAUAGACAGCAAUGCGUUGAAGGAUCCGUAGACGCGGGAUCGGUAUCAGACCAAGGUCAUGCAGCUAAGGCAGUGGAACACCCGUUUCAAAAUGAACAUGAACUUGCGAGUAAUGCAUACAGUAACAUGGGUGAUGAAAACGUCAUAGAUGAAGAAGGGACAUUGAUACUCUAACAUGUAGGAUAUAAAAUGUUCAUUCCUGAUUAUGUCUUCUAUUAGACAUACGUGUAGUAAUUAUUGAUAGUUAAGAGAACUUAAUUUUCGUUUGAACCAUUGUAGAUGUAUCAAACGGCAUGUAUACCCGAGUCUAUGGUUAAUCAAAGUAGUAUAAACUACAAAUAACAUACACUUUUUUUGUCAGCGUAUUUUGGUUCAAAAGUAAAAACAGUUAACGCCACCAUUUUUUUUCGAUUCAGGUUAUUAUGCCCCAUUCUUUCAAAGAAGAGGGGGUAUAUUGUUAUGCAGGAUGUAUGUCGGUCGGUCGGUCGGUCUAUCGGUAGACCAGUUCGUUUCCGAUCAAUAACUUGUGAACGGAUUAGCCAAUUGCUUGAUACUUCCCAUAUGUGCAUUGGCCUUUGCCAGUAGAUGAACCCUAUUUAAAUUGGGGUAACAAGGUCAAAGGUCAAGCUCACUGUCACACUAAGUGUGAAAUCGUUUCCGAUCAAUAACUCGUCAACUGGUUCACUGAUUCAAUGGCUUGAUACUUCCCAUGUGUAUUGGCCUUGGACAGUAGAUGACCCAUAUUGAAAUUGGGGUCACUAGGUCAAAGGUCAAGCUCACUGUCACACUAAGUGUGAAAUCGUUUCCGAUCAAUAACUCGUCAACUGGUUCACUGAUUGGCUUGAUACUUCCCAUGUGUAUUGGCCUUGGACAUUAGAUGACCCAUUUUGAACUUGGGGUCACUAGGUCAAAGGUCAAGGUCAUUGUCACAAUACGUCUGAAAAUGGUUUCCGAUCAAUUUCUCGUCAACGAAUUGACCGAUUGGCUUGACAUUGCAUAUGUGCAUUGGCCUUAGAACUUGAUGACCCGUAUUAAACUUGGGGUCACUAGUUCAAAGGUCAACGUCACUGUGACAUUUAGUGUUUAAUUGGUUUUCGUUCGAUAUGUCAUCAACAGAUUGAAUGAUGGGCCCCAUACGUUGCAGAUGCAUUGACCUUGAACAGUAGAAAAUCCCUAUUGAAAUUAAGGUCAAUGAUCAUCGUGACAUCACUAGUAUUAAAAUUAUAGUAGUUCAUAAUUCUGCGUCAACUAAAAACUUAUUUAAAUGUGAUAAGAUUAAGUAUUAUGGUCAGUUUUGUUGCAAAAAAAAUGCUGCGUCAAGGCCCUGUUUGGUGGGGG